AUGCCGCCUCGAAUACGCCUCCGGCCUCGCGCCCUUCGCCUCCGCACCGCUCAGCCAUCCAGCCCCCUCUGCGCAUCCUACGCCUCUCUGGCCACAGCAACAACUCCAGCGCCGUCAAUUGACACGACAAGCGCGGCACCUCCAGUACUGAGAUACCCACCUACGCAACCCCCGUCACACAAACCGCCGGAGGUCCGUAAAACGCAGCUCCACCGAACAUACCAAUCCGUCCUCAAAUCCUCGCCUUUAAUCCUACUAUUCCAACACAACAACGUCAAAGCCGUAGAAUGGAUGAGCAUACGGCGGGAACUGGCAACCGCGUUGCAAAAGAUUGACGCUGAAAGAGUGAAGAACGGUCAGGAGGGCUUGAUCGCAGACCAAAUCAAGUUCCAAGUUAUAACGACGAGCAUCUUUGCAAGUGCGCUGCGUGUCGUUGAAUUCUUCAAACCUGAAGAGAACACUAUGGACCAUGUGCAGCACCCCACAGACCCACGAACACCGACGAGCGCGCAAAUCCCGCAAACAUCGAACUCCCCCGAGGAUGAGCGCUUCAAGCACGGUCUGAGUAGGAGAGCCUGGGAAGUAGCCUCAAACCGCAAACUCAAGAGCGAGCUGGAGCCGCUCCUAUCGGGGCCCCUGGCCAUUGUAACCUUCCCCGACGUCUCGCCGCAAUACCUUAAGACCGUGCUUUCCAUCGUCGCUCCUUCGCCGCCCAACUUCCCCGCGCCGAGGCGUAAAGCAACCCCCUCCUACUACGAGCCAGAAGUGCAAUCCGGCCUGCAAAAGCUAAUGCUGCUGGGUGCCCGAGUGGAGGGCAAGGUGUUCGACUCAGAGGGUACGAAAUGGGUUGGCGGCAUCGACGGUGGUCUCGACGGGCUCAGGGCACAGCUUGUACACAUGCUGCAAGGUGUUGGUGGCGCACUUACGGGCACUCUGGAGGGCGCCAGCAAGAGUCUGUACUUUACGGUCGAGGGUCGGAGAAUGGACAUGGAAGAGAAGGAGAAGGGCGAGAAGCCGGCGGAGUAG